GUCACGCACUGCCUUCCGCCCUUGGAACGGACCGCCCUGCUUGCUUUGCCUCUCUUCGUCCCUGUCUAUCCACGCUCGACGGAAAAAAACUCUUCCCCACGCAACUCGCGAUAGGCACUUCCGCAGACUCAUGAUGUUUGGUACUUUGGUUUACCACUUUUUCCCAUUCACGGAAAUACUGUAUUCCGCCUGACAUAAACAUUCACUGAUUCAGUCGCCUGAAUCUUUUUUCUUCAUCUUCUUCCUCUGUGGUUUCUUCAUCUGUGGUCUCCGACCUAAUUCGUGUGAAAAAUGCAUGGAAUACCACGAAGAGCUCGAAGCCAAGACGAGCUACAAGCUUCUGCGGUCAAAUCAGCGAAUCUUCGAUCUCUCCAAGCUCAGUUCAUCCACCAUCAUCACAAUAAAAUCUAUAAUAAAGAAGCUCUUGAAGUAAGCGCGAAGCUGCUUGAGGUUAAUCCAGAGCAUUACACGGCCUGGAAUUACCGGAAGCUCGCUGUAGAGGACCGUCUUCAUCAAUCUGACAAUGUUAACAAUGAGGAGUCUAUCAAAACUAUUCUAGAUGAAGAACUCAGACUAGUGGAGAAUGCAUUGCGGAGCAAUUACAAGUCUUAUGGAGCAUGGUAUCACCGUAAGUGGGUGCUAAGCAAAGGUCAUUCUUCCACUGACCGAGAAUUAUUGCUUUUGGCUAAGUUCCAGAAGGCAGAUUCUCGGAAUUUUCAUGCUUGGAAUUAUAGGAGGUUUAUUACAUCAUUGAAGAAAAUUCCAGAUAAGGAUGAACUACAAUAUACAACAGACAUGAUAAAAGACGAUUUUAGCAAUUAUUCUGCUUGGCACAACCGUAGUGUUCUACUUAGUCGGCUGCUGAAGGAGAAGGCAGAAGGAUUUUUUCCCAAGGAGAGUGUAUUGACAGAAGAGUUUGAGUUUGUUCAUAAUGCUCUUUUUACAGAUCCAGAUGAUCAAAGUGGUUGGUUUUACCAUCUCUGGCUUCUUGGCCAGACAGUUAAAAAAACAAAUUUGUUGGUUUCUUCAUGGCCACCUCAUGACUCUAGUCUUCAUUUGUCAACGGAUGGGUUGCUUGAUAAUAAUUACAUUUUGUCUAGUCCUAGAACACUUCCCCUCGUUCUCUACUUUAGUGAAGCAGUUAAAAAUAUAAGUUCAUCAACAGUCAAGGUUGAAUGUGAAGGUAAUUUGAAUACAGAUAUUUCUUGGAGACCACUCUCAGGAAAUGGUAUUGGGUAUGCACAAGCCUGGUUAACUUAUGUCAGAUUUCCAGAAGAUGUCCAAUGUUUAGAGUUUUAUAAUGUAAAAGUAACCCUUUUCAGUUCCCAAGGAAUAGUUUGUUUGAACGGCUCUGUAUACAUGAGUGGUUCUACUGAACUAACCUUUACCGUACACGUACCCCCUAAGAAUUCAGAACAUAUACCAGUAGAAAAUGAAGAGAGGAUUUUUCUAACGGAGGAAAAGUUCUGUAGAAAUGAAACUGUUUCUCCCCAGUCAGUAUUAUUUAACGCAUCCCAUCAAUUGAGAAUACCUAUAGAUGGAAAAGAAAGGGACUUGGAUUGGAAGAUUCAGAUAGUUGAUAGUGAGAUAGCUCAUUGCAGGGAGCUAUUAUCAUUGGACAAUUGUAAAAUUGGAAAGUUAACACUUGCAAGAUUGUUGAUGGCACGUGACAAAUUGCUGUCAUGUGAUGGCACAAAUGCUGGCAAUCACUAUGAAGAAGUUCUUCAGUUGUACGAUGAUUUAAUGAGAUUGGAUCCACCGCACAUUCAGCACUAUAAAGAUGAAUACAGCUCUGUUUUGCUAAAACAUUUAUUCCGCAAUCAAAAGUCAUUGCUGGAGUGUUGUCGACAAUAUCAAGAACCAUCUUCAAUCUUCCAUAAUUAUUUAUGCCUGCGGCUAAAUAAUCUCUCACUUACCCGACUUGGUUGUUUUCAGAAACUUUUGUGGGUCCAAAUCCUAGAUCUUAGCUGCAAUCAGCUUCGGUCCAUUGAAGGUGCAGGUUUGGAGGCAAUGCAGCAACUAGUUUGCUUAAACCUAAGCGAGAACUUGCUUAGCAGUUUCACUGCAUUAGAGCCUCUCAGGCAGCUAAGAGCUCUAAAAGUAUUGGACAUCUCAUACAAUGAAAUUGGCUCACAUUCAAUUGACACGAAGAGGUACCUUUGUUCUUCUUCACCCCUGUGCCUUUCUAGUGGGAGCACAUGUAACAUCGAGGAAUUAGUGACUACUGAUUAUUUGCAAGUGCUGUUGGUUUUAAAAAAAAUGAGUUUGACCCAACUGGAUAUGGUGGGGAAUGCUGUUUCUGAUGAUGAAAAGUUAAAGCUGUUGCUCUUUGAGCUCAUGCCAUCGCUCAAAUGGCUUGAUGGUCUAAAGUUGAGAUGAUAUUCAAGUGCCUUUUUUAUUAGUUCCUCCACAUGUUACAGAUGUUAUCUUCGGGGGGUUUUGAACCCCUGCUCUUAAUUUAGCUGGUUGGUGAAAGCUGCUCUGUUUUUGGUCCCUUGAUCAUUUACAAUUAUUAAAUGCAAGAAUUUUUGUUUAAAAAACAGUUGUACUUCGAUUCUGUUGUAGAUCUGCCACAUUUAUAAUCGUUGUUAAAAUGCAUAUCUCGCUGUCUAAU